AUGUUCCCAGAGCCCCCAACCCCGGGGCCUCCAUCUCCUGAGUCGCCUCCGGAUUCCAGUCGCAUCAACCAUGGCCCUGUGCCCCCCUGGGCCCUGGCCACCAUCGUGCUGGUCUCCGGCCUCUUCCUCUUCAGCUGCUGCUUCUGUCUCUACCGGAGGCGUUGUCGGAAGAGGAUGGGCAAGAAGAACCAGGCUCAAGCCCAGGUCCACCUGCGGGAAGUGAAGGAGCUGGGCCGGAGUUAUAUAGACAAGGUGCAACCAGAAGUGGAGGAGCUGGAUCCCACACCACCAGGGCCAGGACAGCAGGUGACCGAGAAGCAUGAGCUAGGCCGGCUGCAGUACUCACUGGAUUAUGAUUUCCAGAGUGGCCAGCUGCUGGUGGGCAUCCUGCAGGCUGAGGGGUUGGCCGCCUUGGACUUGGGUGGCUCCUCCGACCCCUAUGUGAGAGUCUACCUGCUGCCAGACAAACGGAGGCGGUAUGAGACCAAGGUGCAUAGGCAGACGCUGAACCCACACUUCGGGGAGAACUUUGCCUUCAAGGUCCCCUACGUGGAGCUGGGGGGCAGAGUGCUGGUCAUGGCGGUGUACGACUUUGACCGCUUCUCCCGGAACGAUGCCAUCGGAGAAGUGCGGGUCCCCAUGAGCUCUGUGGACUUAGGGCGGCCGGUGCUGGCCUGGAGGGACCUGCAGGCUGCCCCGCGGGAGGAGCAAGAGAAACUAGGGGACAUCUGCUUCUCCCUCCGCUAUGUCCCCACGGCCGGAAAGCUCACGGUCAUCGUCCUGGAGGCUAAAAACCUGAAGAAGAUGGACGUGGCGGGCUUAUCAGAUCCAUAUGUCAAGGUCCACCUGCUACAAGGAGGCAAAAAGGUGCGCAAGAAAAAAACCACCAUCAAGAAGAACACCCUGAACCCCUAUUACAAUGAGGCCUUCAGCUUCGAGGUGCCUUGUGACCAGGUUCAGAAGGUCCAGGUGGAGCUGACUGUGCUGGACUACGACAAGGUGGGCAAGAACGAGGCCAUCGGGAGGGUGGCGGUGGGGGCGGCGGCCGGUGGCGCUGGUCUGCGCCACUGGGCGGACAUGCUGGCCAACCCGCGGCGGCCCAUUGCUCAGUGGCACUCGCUGCGACCUCCGGACCGUGUGCGACCCCCACCUGCGCCCUGA